UCACGACGAGAGGGGCCCUUGCGAACGCGCCACGAACGAUUCAUUCUAUCGUGUUGGGGGGCUUGCAAUUUGGGAACGGCGUGCUGAUGUGUCCCAGUCUCCCCCAACUCGUUCGAAGAUUUGCAAUUCUGAUUCUUCUCGCCACAUGAAUGCUUGAAAGCUUGAGCUUCCUGUUAAAAGUCAGUUUACGUCGCCGAAUCGCGUGUCGGAGUUUCGUUCUGUAGUGCGGUGUUCGUUCCUCUGCAAUGUUCUCCUCAAUGAUUUGAUUGAUAGAUUCAUGUCGCCUAGUUUCUGAAAGUUGAGACGUGUGAAAUUGAGUGAGAAAUUUUUGAGCGGGAACGCGAAGGCUGCGUAUGCGCCAUAGCCGUCCCAAAUUCCAUCGCGUUUUGAGGUUGAAGGUUCGCAUUCGUGGACGUUUUCCUCGAGGGACUGGGGUUAGGAUCAUCUUGAGCAGUGGGAAUCCGGAGAGAGGGCUAGUGUUUUGAAUUUCACGAAGUUCCACCAUGAUUGCACUUACUUGCCCCACCGCUGUUCGGAUUUGCUCUCCUUACAAUUCGUCCCAAAGGAGUGCAGCUAAUGUCGCAUCAAGCAAAGCAGUCGUGUCGCCCCUGUGCCCUGGCAAUAGCGGGAAAGCUGUGGCAGGUUCAGUCUCGAAGGGUUUUGGUGCGGGCCAGCAAAAUGCGGGACUCGCGGACUCGAGGCUCUGGAAAUGUAGAUCCUCUUCCGGAGAGGUAGAAGCCACACAAUCGGAAGUAGAUAUUAGUAAGAAGAAUGCGAAGGCUCGCUUAGCAUCUGGCAGUCCAAUCAUCGUCGUGGAAGCGCCUCCCAUGCUGAAAACAGCUGAGCCUAUGCCCAUGAUGCGUCCAAACUUGGGUUUGAUCAAGGCUGGUGAUGCUGGCAGGAUUAUCGAUAGGAGACCGAAAGACGUAUGGGCCGUAAGGUUUGCAGCGGGGGCUUACCUUAUUGACGGAAAGUAUUUUGAAGCUCUGGUUGAGGAAUGAAGUUAUUCUAAGUUGAGGAGCUCCGAGUCGGUCCUCUGUCUGAAAAGCCCUUGGUCGGUGGUAAUUGCCAGAGAGAUUUGGGAUUGCUGUGCGUCCAGUGCAGCCGAAGGUCUACCUCACAGCUUUAGAUUUCACAUCAUUCCAAGUUGGACUCUCUUGUUCUAAGAUUUUGUAAUUCGCCCCUUAAAUCUCUACUCGUCAGUUGGGGUUAGUGUUUGUGGUAAACAGUUCGAAUUAUGAAGGUAUCUCUUCUCAUCCAUAUUGCUCCAAAUGAUAUAUCUCCUUCUCUGAAUGAGAAGGAGAUAAGUUAGUGUAAUCAUAUGAAAAGGCAGCGCUUUCCGACUGACUUCUCUUGCAGUCGAUGUUCUUGAAGCUUGCUUUAUAUGCAUAAAGUACUUUACCACUGAAUUGAAGAGAUGCAGGGACUUUUUUAGAUUCAAACGAUUACUUGGUUCUAUCACUUGCAGUGUCAGAAGCCAAAUUCGUUCUAGCUCGAUGUCGUGCCGGAAGUUCUUCCCUAACGUAGCUCUUGAUGCUUUUGUAC